UAUGACAUCAACUGGCUACAACCUGUAUGUUUAUGUGGGCAGAUCCUUUAUAAAAAGCUAGAGUGAAGAUUCUAUUCCUCAAGUGUGUUGUCUGAAGGACACCAGCACGAUCAGGGCUGUAAAUUCCAAGAGGAAAUUUUAAACUUUUUUAAAAUAACAAUAAUCAUUUUGAAAGAGGCCAAAACGGAAUGAAUAUCUGCUGGGAUUCAAUGUGCAACUAUGGAGAAUAGAUCAGUGGUGACAUCAUUCAUAUUGAAGGCAUACACUGAACUGGAAGACCAUAGAUAUGUAUACUUCACAGGUUUCCUGUUAUUGUUUAUCCUUAUGCUAUUAAUAAAUAUAAUUCUUAUUACAAUAAUUUAUAUUGAAACCAGUCUCCAUGAACCCAUGUAUUUUUUAUUGUGUAACUUAGCAGUAAAUGGAAUUUAUGGCACUAUAUCUUUAUUACCAUCAGUACUUGGUAAUUUAAUGUCUCAUACUUAUGAAAUAUCACUGACUGCAUGUCUUUUACAGGUCUUUUGUUUGCACAUAUAUGGUGCAGUUGAAUUUAAUUCUUUAGCAGUGAUGGGCUAUGACAGAUAUGUUGCCAUUUGUCAUCCAUUACACUAUCACCAAUUAUUGUCUCAGAGAACAUUUUGCACCCUUAUAGCAUUGUCCUGGAUUUAUCCUUGCAUUGUGUUUGGGCUGUAUUUCAUAUUAACUGUACAGUAUACAUUUUGUGGCAGGAUCAUAGAAAAAGUGUAUUGUGUUAACUUUGAAUUAGUCAAACUGUCCUGUUUUGACAUUUCUUUUCACAGCAAAGUUGGCUUUUUUGUAAUGGUUUUAAUAAUUGUUCCCCAGGUCCUCAUGAUAUUAUUUUCCUAUGCACAAAUACUCAGAAUCUGCCUGACUGCUUCUAAGGAAUCUCAGGCCAAAGCUAUUCAAACAUGCACCCCACACUUACUGGCCGUGAUUAACUAUGCAGUGGGAGUCUUUUUUGAAAUUAUUUCAACUCGUUUCAACAUGAGUCAUGUACCAUAUAAAGUUCGCAUAUUCCUGUCCCUUUACUUUCUGAUAUUUCCCCCAUUGCUUAAUCCUGUAAUUUAUGGAAUUAGCAUUCAAGCCAUCAGAGUUCAGAUUUUCAAACUGUUCAUUACUUGUAAAAAUAAGUUAUUUACACUGUAGGAGACAAUGAAGUAGUCUAAUGAUUGUUCAAUACUUUUACACAUUUUUAAGCCAAUCAGCUAAAUGAGACGAAAUGUAAUUCCACAGGGUUAAAAGUAAUGCUCAAUUAAAAGUAAUGACACUGGUUGCUUUUGCAGCGAGACAAGAAAGCUGUUAAUAUAUCUGCCUGUGGAAUUUAAACCCUUUUCCCAUUUACAUUUUAGCAUUUACCAGAUACCCAGCAAAAGACGAAAUGUAUUCAAUCAACAUCUAUCCUUACUAUUGACUCACAUUUAAGGUUAUUUUUCACAAAUUCACUUUGGCAAGGUUAGUGAUUGCUGUACUUAAAAAUAAAAAACAAUUUUUGCUUUUGUUAGCCAAAGUUCAGAAAUUCAAUUGAUUGAACUGCAGGCCAUGCUUUGGCUGAGGGGAGUGGGAGCUAGUGUGAGUUUGGGACCUUAAUUCAUGGUAUAAACAUUUUGAGAAACAAUACCACAUCCACCUGUUAUUUCAGCAGGGAACAAAAAACUUCACUUGGUCCCGGGUUCACUGUGUAGUGUUCAUAAGGAGUAAUUAAUCACAAAAAAAAAACAAUGUUGUAAGUUAAAUGUGUUAAUUUGCUGAAAGCCUCAAAAGACAGGAAAUGAAAUUGAUUAGGCCAAACGCUAACAUCAGCCCGUUCUCCAUCAAUGGGUAUCAGCACAGACCUUUGACAACUGCUAAAGCUCUGCGGUGGGGACUGAAUCUGGGAAGGAACUGGACAUUCUGAUUGCUAAGUUUGUGUAGCCAAAAUGAACAUUUUCGGUGUUUCCCCAAUCAUCUCUCCUGCUGCGUCUGCUUUAACACAAUUUCACUGCACGGAGCUGGUGUUAAUACCUUUGGGGGAUUUGUGCUUAAUUAUAACUGUAGUGUCACGAUAACGGUAACUGUUUUGAAUGACAUCACCAACUGACUACAACCUGUAUGUUUAUGUGGGCCCGUCCCUUAUAAAAAGAUCGAGUGAAGGUUCCAUUCCUCAAUUGUGUUGUCUGAAGAACACCAGCACGAUCAGGGCUGUAAGUUACAAGGAGCAAAAAAAAAAA